UUAAUGGGUUGCGUGUUAGUUUCAGAAUUUGUGAAUGCAAUAUUCAGGAGCAUUGAUUUGUUGUAGAGAUUACAUAGCGAUGAGAGGGCCAGCAUAUAGUAGAAUGUGGCUGAGUUUGUGAGCAAUUCUGUUCACCUUUCAAGCAAUUCUGCAGCAAGCUUCAAUCGAGACGUGCUAUUUUGGGUGGGUGAGAUUUCUCCAAAGUUCAGCCCUGAGAACAGAAACUAAAACAACUGAAACCAACUCGCUCAGUCCUACUCAGAAGGCGGCGGUUCAGUCGCUUCUCUACAGUUCCUGGAACUGAUCUGGUCGGGACUGAUCCGAGCACAUUCCCAACCCAUUAGCAGCAGCAUUAUCGUCCUUCCACAUGGAUCAAGACGUCAAAGACGAAGUGCCAACCGCAGCAGGAGAGGAGAAUGGAGAAGAGAAGGAUGGGGAGGAGGAGGAGGAGGAGCUGACUCACAAUGCAGACACAGGGGCCAAGUACUACACGAUGGAGGAGAUCGGGCCACACUCUACUGUGGGCUCCCUGUGGAUAGUGGUGGACAAUCUAGUGUACGACAUCACCAACUUCACCCUCGAACACCCCGGCGGAGAGGAGAUCCUGUUCGAGCAGGGCGGCCAGGACGCCUCCACCCCCUUCGAAGACGUCGGACACUCCAGCGACGCCAGGGAGAUGAUGCGACAGUACCUCAUAGGAGAAGUGCACCCCCGGGACCAGAAGAGGAAGAAGAAGCAGAAGGGCGGCUCAAAAUGGGGAUCCUCGGGUUCUGGGAGCAGCGCCGGCGACUCGUCUGAACGCUCCUGGCUCAAUCAGUUUUUUGUUGGCCUGGGGUUGGCGUUGAUGGGCGUGGCAGCAUACAAAACAUUGUAUUGAAGUUGGACUGAAUUAAUGUAACAUAGACUAUUAUCUUGUUUUCAUUUUGAGGGCACAAUGGACUUGAGUCUGGCAUCUAAUAGCUUGAUGGUUUUAUAUUUGUAUGUGUAUGUACAUUGUAUUCAUAAUUCAGUUUUCCCUCUGGCUUUGAAGCUCAGAGUUUAUCUGCCCGUUUUUAAUGCCUCAUUAAUUAUACUCGUCAGUCUGUGUUCGCCGGAAGAUUCUCAAUUUCAGUUUUCCAAGUGUCAAUGAACGUAGUAAUUACUCUUAUAUAGGUCGUGAUGGUUUUUGUUUUUCUUUCAGAAAAAGUCUUAAAUUUUAAUCACACUCAAAUUUGGUUUCCCGUGGUUUGAAUUUAUUUUUUUAUUUCA